AUGGAUGGCGUGGCAGUCAGAGGGCCACCACAGCUCCUGGUACAGCCUUCAUCUCCUGGCUUUCCGAAUGACGCUGCGCCAGUCAGACCUACACCCCCACCCCCACCCCCACCCCCACCCCCAGCCCCAGCUCCACCCCCACCUCCCCCGCCUCCACCCCCUGGCUCUCGGGGUGAUCCGCUAUCUCGGGGAGGCACCCAUCGGCGUUCCCGGAUGCGCAACUUCAACUGGGACACCAUCCCCCAGCACAGUGUGGUGGGCAAGCGGAAUGUGUGGACGGCGCGGCGGUCGCUGGAGGACUUCCCGCUGGACACCGAGCGCAUCGAGGAGCUCUUCAGCCACAGCGAGCAGCAGCUCCUUACCCGCCGGGGCAAUCGCACGGUCAAGAAGAGCGUGUGGGGGCUUCCAGUGAGCUGUGCCGCCGCCGAGCCCGUGUCGAUCAUCAACUCGAAGAAAAGUAUGAAUGUUGGGAUUUUCUUGAAGCAGUUUAAAAGGCCAAUGCAGGACAUUGUUGAGGAUGUGAGACAGGGAAAUGCAAGCUUCGUCCCCGGCAGACUGAGGGAGCUGAGCAAGCUCUUGCCUGAUGAUUUGGAGCUGAAGAAGCUCCUGGCGUUUGGCGGCGACGUGUCGGAGUUAGCUGAAGCCGACCGCUUCCUGCUCAUGCUGGUUAAAGUUCCCAGGUAUGAAGAAAGACUGAAGAGGCUGCUCCUCAGGGAGGAGUUCUUCCCCUUCAUAGAGGAGGCGAGAAACUCCAUCGCCGUCAUGACUGCAGCAGCUAAUGAGCUGCUGGCAUGUGAUGAUCUUCACUCCAUCAUCCAUCUGGUGCUGAAAGCUGGUAACUACAUGAACGCUGGCGGCUACGCUGGUCGAGCUCUGGGAUUCAGAAUGACGUCUCUGCUCAGACUAGUAGACACCAAAGCCAACAAACCUGGCAUGAACCUCAUGCACUAUGUUGCCAUGCAAGCACUGCAGAUUGACCCCAACCUUCGGAACUUUCCAGAACAGCUCCAACACAUCGGAGAGGCUUCAAGGAUCCAUAAACAGGAAGUGGAGAUGGACUUUCAAAGAGAAAUGGAGAAAAUCAAAGAAGCCAAGACUCAUGCCAGCAGACAGUGUGAGCUGCAGCCUCAGCUGGAGGAAUUUCUGCAGGUGGCUGAGAGUAGACUCGCUGAUAUGGAGGCCUCUCUGCGGGAGCUAGACUCCCUCAGUGGUGCUGUGGCCGAGUACUUCUGUGAAGAUCCGGCCACGUUUAGGCUGGAGGAAUGCUGCUUCAUCUUCCACUCCUUCUGCGAGAAGUUCGAGAGAGCCAUACAGGAGAACAGUGAGCGCGAGACGCUGGAGAAGAGGCGGAGACAGCAGCGGGAGAAGGAGGCGCUCGAGCGGGUCGCCAAGCGACGCUCCAUCACCAUCUGCUCGGCCCGGGACACGGGCUCGGCCCCUGAGAGCACAGCGCUGGAGACCAUCCUUACCAGUUUCCUCACCGAGCACGCCCCGCGCAGACGCCAGCCCUCGGCUAACAGAGAGAACUCUGCUGAGGUGCUGAGCCAGGGUGAGGCUCGGCCUGAGUGCCCUGGGCUUGCCGCAUACAGCCCUGCCAAGGCAGAGGAAGCCGAGACUAGGGUCUCGGACAGCCGGCCGCUGGAGCAGAGCCACUUGUUCGAGGCAAAGGCGGGCGAGACCGGGGUUUUGAACGGCGAACAGCCCCAGGAGGUGGGGAAGGGGAGCCGGACUGUAGAGGAGGAAACCAGGAGCACGGCGACUCUACAUAGCCCGGCGGUGCACCAAGGAGGAUGGAGCGUAGAAGAUGAGGCAACCCCCAAGAGCAGCACAUACAAGGCACGCUACUGCAGGAGGGUGGUAGUGAGGAAUGCCUCGGUUGUUUCAGAGGAGGAGCCUUGUGAAAAGAGAGGAGACCAAGAAGAGAAACGAGAAGUGGCAUCAAGGGUGUCGCCCUGUCAGGCCGUCAGCAAGGGUCUGAGUGGCCUGGGAGCUCAGGUGUCGCCCUGCCAGGCUGUCGGCGAGAGUCUGGAUAACCUAGCAUCUCAGGUGUCGCCCUGUCAGGCCAUCACCACCACCAGUCCAAAUAGAGACCUCAAGUGCCAGAGAGUGUGGGAUGCCGUCUCGUCCCCCCUUCCCCGGGAGAUGCGGGACAUGGACGUGGGCCUGCAGAGUGGCUACAAUGGCCCGGGCUCGCCCUGGACUGUCCUCAGCCCCCACAUACUGCCACAGAGUCCAGCCCAGCGACGCCGCCACUCCUUCUCCUCCACGACCUUCGAUGACGAGCCCGACGACGGCGUGUGGGCUCUGCCCGACACCCCUGUGCGUGGCCGGCCGCCCCUCCUGCCGUUCACGUGCCGCUCCUACGAACACAGCCUGUCCGCCUCGGUACUAUACGACACUGGCGGGAAGCCAUCUCCUCUGUCAGCCCGCUCCUCGGGCCGAACUCCGACGCAAGGCCCUCUGCUGAGGUCUGUCUCCGUGGGCGAUGGGCCCGAUCACCCCAGAUCCCAUUUCGGGGUGCUCUUCCCGAGACGACAUGGACGAGAGCCCACUGUGGCAAAAAGACCGGAACCUUCUGCGCUGGUCACCUUCUUCAGGCGCUUUGGGGAGAAGGGCAGGCCCGCUUCAGUAGGGGAGGCUCACAACACCAAAACGUAGAGACUCAGAAAGGCCAAUCACAGCUGGUUUUAGGGUUUUAUUAAAUCAUUUUAGUAUUUGUGAUUUGCACACGGUAUAAUGUGAUCCAAGGUAAAUGUGAACUUGUCUUGGGUCAGGAUUGUUCCAUGGUUUGUGAAUCCUGUAUACAACAGUGCAAAUUUAUUCUGUUACAAUCUUAACUUUAAACUGUCAGUGGUAUUUUUAGACGACUGACUUUUAUACAUUUAAAGUUGCUGAACACUGUACACAACUGAUAAACACUGUUGUGUUUGCUCUGAUGUGUCCUAAA